AUGGCUAAGCUUCGGAAGAACUUGUUCACAUCUGCAGUGUUGAUCACUCUUUUGGUUCAAGCCAUGGGUUACAUAAUCCCUACCGAUAUGAGAGCCGGUCACGGCUAUAUAAUCCCUACCGGUGGAAGCAUCGGUAACGGCUAUGUAAACCCAACAGGCGGAAGAGACGGCAAUGUUUGGCAAGAUGCACAUGCAACGUUUUACGGUGACAUGAACGGAGGAGAUACCAUGCAGGGGGGUUGUGGAUACGGCAAUCUCCAUGAACAAGGCUAUGGCCUCGAGACGGCAGCCCUAAGUACGGCCCUCUUCAACAAUGGUGGUACUUGCGGUGCAUGUUUCCAGCUCAUGUGUGUCAAUGAUCCCCAGUGGUGCAACCCUCACGUUAGAGCCAUCACAAUUACCGCAACCAACUUUUGUCCGCCAAAUUGGGUUCCGGCUCCUGAUCACUGGUGCAAUCCACCCCAAAAGCACUUCGACCUGUCCAUGCCUAUGUUCGCAAAGCUCGCACAGACAAAAGCCGGUAUCAUUCCAGUUAAGUACCGCAGGGUCUCGUGCCAGAAGAGAGGAGGGGUUAAGUUCGAGCUCAAGGGAAACCCCUGGUGGGUUACCGCGACAGUGUUCAACGUCGGCGGUGCUGGCGAUGUUACGAAAGUCAGAAUCAAAGGAUCUAGCAGGAAUUGGAUUCAAAUGUCAAGAAAUUGGGGGCAGGUUUGGGUGGCGACCGGAAACCAACUUGUAGGGCAAAGCUUGUCAUUCCUAGUCACUACGAGUGAUGGGAAAACAAUAGAGUUGGAUAAUGUCGCACCAGCAAAUUGGCAGUUUGGACAAACCUUUGAGGGGAGAAGAAAUUUCUAG